AUGGGUCGCGCAGAGAAGAGAAAGGCGGCGGUGCAACGCAGACCGCCAUCGCAAGUCGUCGAUAGCGACUCGGAUGAAGUUGAGUUCCAGCCCACGAAGCGAUCCAAACGAUCGUCCCAGUCCCAACGCCGUCCUCCACCAAGUCAACUCAGUCAGUCCAGCCAGCGAAUACAUAACGAUGAAGAGAAGGACGAUGCACAUGAGGAUGACGAAGCAGGCGACUUGGAUUUCACGCAGAGAGACACGGAACAACAUGUAGCGAUGAGUCAAGUGUACGACGACGACGACGAGCCUGCGCGCAUUGCCAACAUGAACCCCAAGACCAAAGAAGACUUGACGGCCAAAACCGUGCGCUACCUGCUGUACAGGGCCAACUCGCACAACCCCGUCAAGUUGGGGGACAUGACCAAGGAAAUCUUCAAGGACCAUCGCAACGCCGCCAGGCAUUUCCUGGGGGUGGCGGCGAAGAAGCUCGAAUCGACCUUUGGGUACCGCGUCGUCGCGGUCGACGAUGCCAUGCUGGGGGACGCCGCGGCCUCCAAGAAGGACGUGUUUAUCAUUGUCAACAACAUUGCAGACCAAAAGCACUUGCAAAAGAUCAACAAGUGCCAUGGUAUGAAGGAGCGGGGACUGCUCAUGAUGAUCUUUGGCCUGAUCUGGUGUGCGCCGCGGCGGCAGCUCGACGAAGAUGCCCUGUGGAAGAACUUGAGUUUGCUGGACAGUUCCAUUCGCGACAAGCGGAAUGCGCAGUUAGGAGACAUCGUGCCGCUGGUCAAGACGUUCGAGUCCCAGUUGUACUUGGCAUGCCAUUCAGAGAUCGACCACGAUGGAAAUCGCGUCAAGAGCUACGGGUAUGGCCCGCGGGCCAUGGCCGAGGUUGGCAAGGCACAAAUCCUCACGUUUGUCUGCAAGUUGAUUAAUGGUCGCCAUCCGUCCAAGGAGUUACUGGAGGAGCUCGAGCAUGAAGAGAACUUGGUGUAG